AACGCUGUAAACUUCCUCAUGGCCAGCUGUUUUCCCAGUGUGUCCGAGCUGGUGGCGGAUGCUCGGCGGCUGUACGGGCAGCUGUUCGGGGAAGAGGCUCCUCUGACGGCCGUGUGUGCGCCUGGAAGGGUCAACCUGAUAGGAGAGCACACUGACUACAACCAGGGAUUUGUACUUCCAAUGGCGCUGCCCCUGGUGACUGUGGUCGUAGGGAGUGAAACCUCUGGCCAGGACGUUACUGUGGUAACAGUGACUGAGGAUGCUGAUGAGCCCCGGAGGGUGGACUUCAGCCUGCCCAGUUAUGGAUCACCGCUGUCUCCAGGACAACCCAGCUGGGCAAACUACGUGAAGGGUGUUAUACAACAUUACAGGGCUCCUCCUGUCCCAGGCUUCAGGGCAGUAAUUGCCAGCAGUGUCCCCCUUGGAGGAGGUCUGUCCAGCUCUGCCUCUCUGGAGGUGGCUUUCUACACAUUUCUGCAGCAACUCAAGCCAGAUGAUGGAGACAAGGUGUCCAAAGCAAUGGCCUGUCAGAAGGCGGAGCACACUCAUGCUGGUGUACCGUGUGGCAUUAUGGAUCAGUUUGUGUCUGUUCUCGGCAGGGAGGGCCAUGCUUUGCUCAUUGACUGCAGGUCCCUGGAGGCCACCCCUGUACCUCUGGCAGACCUAGGCCUGGUCAUCCUCAUCACCAACUCCAAUGUGAAACACUCUCUGAGUGGCAGUGAAUACCCCGUGAGACGCAGACAGUGUGAGGAGGCUGCGUCCAUCCUGGGAAAGGACAGUCUCAGAGACGCCACCAUGAAGGACCUGGAGGAGGCGAGAAAUAGACUGGAUGAUGUAACCUAUCGAAGAGCACGCCAUGUGAUUGAGGAGAUAGACAGAACUGUCCAAGCUGCUGAAGCCCUGAAGAAAGGAGCCUACAAAGAGUUUGGCAAAUUUAUGGUGGAGAGCCACAACUCCCUCAGAGACCUGUAUGAGGUGAGCUGCAGGGAGCUGGAUGAGCUGGUGGCUGCAGCCAUGGAGGUGGAGGGGGUGUUUGGCAGCCGGAUGACCGGUGGAGGAUUCGGGGGAUGUACCGUGACUCUGCUGCAGGCCCACGCCAUUGACAGGACUAUACUGCACAUACAGGAGCGCUACAGUGGAACUCCGACUUUCUAUGUCACAACUCCUUCAGAGGGCGCUCGGGCUCUCACGCUGCCCUGACCUUGUCAACACAUCUCGCUAUAUGACACAUUCAUUCCUCUUUAUAGGGUUUUCUUUUUCUUUUCAAUUUCCACAAUUUAAUUAAAAAAUGAUAUGCUGUUAUGCACACAGUUGCUGAUUGAAAAACAUUCUAUUAAUAUGGGAAAUGUGCCUUCACAGAUUUUUUGUUACAAUGCUUUUUCAUCUCCUAGAUAAUUUGUAGCAACUGUUUUUAGCAUUAUGACUUACAUGUACUGGGAAAAUACAGACUUCAAUGGAAUAUA